AUGGCCUCCGUCUUCCACGCUUUCCCGCAGCUGCCCACCGCGGCCCCGCGCCUGUCCAGACGGCUUUUCGUCGCCAAACCGUGCAUCCACUCGCCCAUCCGUGCCGCCGUGUCCAUCUCGCCAUGCGCUGCACCCCGCCCCGCCGUGCUGCGGUCGAUACGCUGGAAGUCGACCCUGCCAUUGCGCAGCAGCGCGACCAUCGAGGCAGCCGGCCGUGCUGCCAUUGUCCAAGCUGCGGCUAAGAGCGAGACCCACGACGACACCCAAUCGAGCAGCUUCCCCAAGACCACCUCCAAGAGCGUCGCAUACUGGUUGCUCGGCAGCGCAGCCAGCGUCUUCGGCAUCGUCAUCUUCGGAGGCCUCACCCGACUCACCGAAUCGGGCCUCAGCAUCACCGAAUGGAAGCCCGUCACCGGCUCGCUCUGGCCUGGCAGCCCCGAGGCGUGGCAGGAGGAAUACACAAAGUACAAGUCGUCGCCCGAGUUCGCAAUGCUCAACUCCAGCAUGACCCUCGCAGAGUUCAAGCACAUCUAUUUCAUGGAAUGGGCUCAUCGCCUGUGGGGCCGUGUCAUCGGCGUCACCUUCCUCCUGCCCACCGUCUACUUCAUCGCCCGCAAACGCGUCACGCCCUCGACCGCCGCCAAGCUCGUCGGCAUCUGCGGCAUGAUCGGCUUCCAAGGUGUCAUCGGCUGGUGGAUGGUCAAGAGCGGGCUCAAGGACGACCUCUUCGAGCCCGGCAGCCACCCGCGCGUCAGCCAGUACCGCCUGACUGCCCACCUCGGCACCGCUUUCCUCGUCUACUGCUCCAUGGUCCUCACCGGUCUCAACAUCCUCAAGGAGCACCGCAUGCUGGCCAAUCCUGCGGCCGCUGCCGAGUCCAUCAAGGCUCUGCAGUCUCCCGUCCUGAAAACUUUCCGCCGCUCCGUCGUUGGCCUGACCCUCCUUGUCUUCACCACCGCCAUGUCCGGCGCCCUCGUUGCCGGUCUCGACGCUGGCCUGAUCUACAACGAGUUUCCCUGGAUGGGUCUUGCUCUCACCCCACCCAAGAAAGAGCUCUUCGAUCCAUGGUACAGCCACGUCCCAGACCAGUCCGAUCUCUACUGGCGCAACGCUCUCGAGAACCCCUCGCUCGUCCAGCUCGACCACCGCAUCUUGGCCACCACCACCUUCACCGCCAUCAUGGCUCUCUUCGCCUACACUCGCUUUGCCAAGCGUGUGCGCACCACCAUCCCCACAGAUGCGAACAAGGGCGUCUUUGGCAUGGUCCACCUCGUCACGCUGCAGGUCACGCUGGGCAUCACCACGCUCAUCUACAUGGUCCCAACAUGGCUCGCUUCUGCACACCAGGCAGGUGCCUUGGCUCUGCUCACCGGCGCAGUGGUUCUGUACAGCAGGAUCUCAAUGCCCCGCCGCGCCAUCCUGAACCAGGUCAUGAAGCAGGGCGCCUCUCGGACCCAUGCCGUGCCGCAUAUCAAUGCGCGUGUUGAAGCCGCCAAGGCCGCACAGAAGAAGAUGUAA